UUCCGUAUCCAUCUUACGCAGCCGUCACUUUUGCUUGCCCAAUGGCACACUAAUAAGCGGUUUCUUCACCACCGCUUAGGCCUUAAACCUGGUUUAAUCGUAUGGGUAAACGUGGUUUACGGCUUAAGCGAAGGUGAAGAAAUCGGCCCUCAUACAUUUAGAGCUCUGAACAAAAAUAUUCCUGUCCUUUUCACUCUUCCACAAAGUUUGUAAACAAAAACAGACAGUAAAAGUUAAAAUCCCACACAAAACCUGGAACUUUGGUCGACUUUCAACCCAAAACAAAGCGAAACGUCAAAUGCGUAUUCGUCGAUGAGUCGACGUAGACGGUCUAGCGUAAUAUUUAUGUGUGUAUUUUGGUUGGCCUCGCUCGCAUCAGUCAGCAGAAAAUUUCGAAUGGGCGACUGAUUCUUUUCCUGCGUUUCAAUUCGGUCGGACUGAAAUCGAGUGCAACAGUGAGAAAACAUUUCCUUGAAAAUCGCGAAUCCGGUGAUGCGCGUUCCUUCGCAAAUCGCUGCGCUCAGGAAUCUUGUGUUUGUGAUUGUGUUUUUUUGGAAAGUUGAUAAGUGAAAGACAGCAGCUGUCGAGUGCGAAAUCAUUGGAUUGGAAGAAAGGUUGUGCAACCUAUUAGAAUCGUCCACCUCCGCAGCGCGGGAUAAAGGGAAAGGAAGGCCAAAGAAGAGCAUCUCAACAUCAAAAGAAAAUGGAAUGCGAUGCUCGGAAUAGUGCGAACUGUUGCUGCUGCAGCCCCAUGCGGGAAGAGAAGAAGCAGUGAAAACAAAAGAACACAUUCGGAAGGGAAGCGGAGGCAAAGAACAAGGAGAAGCAACGGAGUGCGAUAGAGGAGGGGAGAAGGACAAAACACAAAAAGAAAACCGAAAUCGGCUGCUGCGUGCGGUCGUCGCUGGCGGUGAAGAAGAAUUAGGGGAGCAACAAGCAGCAGCAUCAUCAUACAGAGAGUCAGUAAACGAGUAUCAGCAGUAGUAACAACCCAGCAUCUCACCGAACAAGUAAUAAUAAACGGCGAGGGCCAUCGGCCAAAAAAGAAGAACCUCCACCUUCCUGAACUGGGGGUACUUCUCCGACUACUGUCGAAAGAGAAAAGAGUACUCACCUUUUUUUUUGCUCGCGUCCGUCCGAAACAACCUUUAGGUUUUUUGUUAUACUUUAUUUCGUCCAGCAGUUAAGCGGUUCACAGAAGCAUCAUUUCGAUCAUCGCACGACCUGCGAGUAAAGCAGAGGCACAGUGCUAGUUAAUCAUACUUUGGGAGGAUUUGUUGCCCUGUUCGCUCGCUCAUUUUGGUCCGUUCUUUUUUCAUUUUUCUCUAAAGUGUGUUAAAACUUCGACCUCUGCGCGAGCAGCUUUCUUCAGCGGGCUCGUUUUUUUUUGUAUAGUGUGAUCUAAUUACCCCGAGAGAAGGUGGAAGGUAACUACGCGCAAGACUGCUCGACCGGACGGAAUGCUUUCGCGCAAGAGCAAGGAUAAGUCCAUCAAGGAUGGAGUCGUUGGAAAGUAUGUCAAACGGGAUACGCCACCGGAAAUACCAAUUAUCAACGUGCUGACCAAUGAGUCGCAGGGAAAGAACAAACUCACUAAAGGCCGUCGAAGUUCACAGCAGAUCUUUGGGGUCAACAACGCAGGCCAGCCCAACAACGCCAACAUCUACGUUCCCGGACCGUUGAUGCCCAAUAACAACAACAACCUGAACAACGUCCAGAAGUUCGGUAACAUCAAAGUGACGGCAUCGAUGGGUGGCCUCGGUCAUGAGGGCAAGUAUACGCCCAGCAACAGGAUUCCCAAUCUGGCCCAAAAGUUCGUCAACCUUUCGCUGCAAAGCGAGCAGCCCAACAUACUGAAUCCGACCAACAGCGUACUGAUGAUGACCAACAACAAGAACCAGCAGCUGCAUCAGCAGCACCAACAGCACGCCCUGGCCAUGGCAAUGAAGCCGUCUAACUUGAACCUGGCCGCAGCCAACAAUGUCAACGAACGUCAGAACAACAACAGCCACGGAAACUACGUAGACAUCGAAACCAUCGACCAGAUCCUCAUGCAGCAAAGCGAAGCCGACAAAGCAGCAAAUCAGUACCGCCUUCAGCAACUUCAGCAAGCUCAACAGCAGCAACAUCUUCGGCAGCAGUACAUCUCCAACUUUGAACGGAAAUAUCCCUACAAUCAGCUGCACCACAACGCCACCAACAGCAACCAUCGGAAUGGCUUCGAGAACUACGGUAACCUGCUAAGGAAUAACAGCCCGACCAUGGCUGCGGCAUCCAGCAACGUCAACCUCGCCAACGAACCACAAUCACCCUUCGCGCGCCAAUUCUCGACCCGACAGCAGCUGCCCAUCCCGAAAACAGACCAGUACCACAUCUACGAGAACCCGAUCCAGAUCAACCGAUCCGAGUCGCCCAUCUACAGCAAUACCAAUUCGGCCAAUAUAUACCAGAGCUACAGCAACAACUCCUCGCAUCAAUCGCUGUUCUCCAACAUCACCAACACCUCCAGUAACGUGGCCGCCGUUUCGUCUUCCAUCAACUACCUGGCCGCCCGGGGUCAACAGCCCCAACCUCAGCAGCCGCUCUACUCCAACGUCGAGAACAAUGGCAUGACUUACGGCGAAGCCCUACUGCACAACGCUCGCCAUGGUUCUUCCGGUGCCGUCCAGCAACAGCAUCAACAGCCCACGCCGGAAAGCAGCAGUUCGACGACCGAGGAGGAACUCCCACUACCCCCUGGCUGGUCCGUGGACUACACGCUGCGUGGCCGCAAAUAUUACAUCGACCACAACACCAAGACUACGCAUUGGUCCCAUCCGCUGGAGCGGGAAGGACUUCCCACGGGUUGGGAACGGCACGAGUCCGCCCAGCACGGUACCUUCUACUACAAUUGCAUCACUGGACAGGCCCAGGACAGUCAUCCGUAUCUGACGUCAUGCUUUCUACAUCACGCGACCCCGGUGGACAUCCCGAGGCCGCUGAUAGCCACCCACACGCACUACACGCCGCACAGUGCGCUGGUCCCGGCCAAUCCCUAUCUCUUGGAAGCCGUCCCCGAGUGGUUGGAGUUCUACGCGAAGUCCUCGCCGGAAAACGACCACAAACUCAAGUGGGACAUGUUCCAGCUGCAGCAACUGGAAAGCAUAGCCGGUAUGCUGACCAAACUGUUCCGACAGGAGUGCCACAUGAUCGUGGUGAAGUACGAAACGCUAAGGAUAGCGAUCCGAUCGAUCAUGGAGGAGAAGAAACGUCUAGCCUAUCUGACCAACAACGAAUCGAACACUUGAGAGGAGGUGCCUUCAAAAACGAGGAUAGAUCAUCACGACCACUGCAGUAUCCGACAAUCAACUACGCUUUUAUCAAUUUGAUACGGUUUCGAUUUUUUCCUUUUUUUUUGGAUAGAUACAUUCUGAUCGAUGUUUAUUCUUCGUCAAAAUUUGAGAUCCGUAGAGGGUAGACAAACAAAUACGCAUGAAAGGAGAUUACCCUGACUAAUUACUCGUUUGUUUUAACUGAACUGUACUAGAUACAUAAGAAAAGUGAUUUAAUUUAGAAUUUUCUUACACCUGUUAGAACGAGGACAAAGCUAUUCUUUUAAAACUUUUAAAAACAGUGUCUUGAGAGUUGAUAGACAAACAAACGCAGCGGUUUAUAUUUUUCUUCACGAUCGUCAAAUUGUGAUACACCAAGAGUUCCUUCGUUAAGAAAAACAUUUUUUAGAAAACACGCAUUGUGGCUCGGUCUUUUGCUGCGCUGACCAACGCAGAGAUUCAUUCGUAGAGCGACCGUGGCUUAACUAUUUAGAGCUUCAUCAAAAUCACGUUCGUUAAGUAUAUUUAAUGCAAGCAUGUAUUAGCAAAUUUUGUGCCUUUUUCAGUAAUUGACCAUAUCGAACCAUAACUGCAAAUAUAGUACAUAUGUUACAAUA